AUGGGAAACUGUUUCGGAGCUCGUGUGAAACAUUACAACAGCCAACCAGUCAGUAAGCAGUCUAGCCCAGCUGAGACAAUGAGAGACAUUAAAGGCAUCAAACUAGAUGGAUUAGAAGUUGGACGUAAAAGAAUGAUGGACUCCAAGAAAGAGAGCAGUGGAAUAGUGAUGCCGACAAGUACUAGAGAUCAUAUGCUUCCAUGUCCGAAUCAAAAACCCUCAGAACCGGAAACUCACCAUAAGCUUCCAUGUCCGAAUCCAAGAACUAUGGGGAGGAUCGUGAAGCCCAACUUGAAAGAGUUUACGUUUGCGGCGUUGAAAAAGGCAACCCGAAACUUCAAAACGGAUACGAUUCUCGGGGAGGGAGGUUUUGGGAGGGUUUUUAAGGGGUGGGUGGACAAGAACACGUACGCGCCGUCCAGGGCAGGCAUCGGCAUGGCCGUCGCCGUCAAGAAGUCUAAGGCGGACAGCUAUCAAGGCAGGAAAAAAUGGGAGGCUGAGGUGAAUUUCUUAGGGAAAUAUUUGCAUCCAAACCUUGUUAAAUUGCUGGGCUAUUGCUGCGAGGAGGAUCAGUUUCUUCUCGUGUAUGAGUACAUGCAGAAAGGAAGCUUGGAAAACCACCUCUUUAGAAAAGGUCAAAAACCACUUUCAUGGCGUAUAAGGCUUAAAAUAGCAAUCGGAGCUGCGAGAGGUCUUGCAUUCUUGCACACUUCAGAAAAAGUGAUUUACCGCGACUUCAAGGCCUCCAAUAUUUUGUUGGAUCAGGAUUACAAUGCAAAACUUUCAGAUUUCGGGUUGGCAAAGCUCGGACCAUCAAAUGAAAACUCGCAUGUAACAACAAGUAUUAUUGGUACAUAUGGUUACGCAGCUCCGGAAUAUGUUGCAACUGGGCAUUUGUACGUAAAGAGCGAUGUGUACGGUUUCAGCGUUGUGUUACUGGAGAUGUUGACCGGACGGCGAGCCCUCGACACUAACAGACCGGCCGAUGAGCACAAUUUGGUGGACUGGGCGAGGCCUUCUCUUCUUAAGAAUAAAGAUGUGAAGCAGAUGAUGGAUCCAAAGCUUGGAGAUCAGUAUAAUAUAAAAGGUGCAUACCAAGCAGCUGAGCUUAUUCACCAGUGCCUGGAAUCUGAUCCAAAAGACAGGCCAUCCAUGGAAGAAGUUCUGGUACUUCUGGAGAGGAUCAAUGCCAUUCAGGACAAACCUAAAGGUACAAAACUUAAUGACAGAAGGCAAGAAGAAAGUUCAGCACGCCAAAAAUAUUAUAACUACAAGUCUCCAAUUCACCAAAGGAACGUUGGCAAUGGAGUAACUUAUCAAGCUCGGCCACACUAGCUAGUAAUUCAUUGAAAUAGACAUUGUAGUUUUGGGCAAGUGUCGAUGUUCAUCGAGCAGGUGUAGAUGAGUUUUGAAUCAAUAAUACCACUGCGGUGAAGAUAGAUUCUUGCAAUUUCUGUCCAAAAUUUGUUGCUAGCUGCAGCACUCUGUAUAGUAUUGCUUUGGAUUGUAUUGUUGUUCAACUUGGAGAUAGAUGCUAUACUUUGUUAUAUAGCCUUCAUUGUGAUUUUAUUAAGAUAACACGUAUAAAACUCGUACUUCUCGAUC